AUUUAAUUCAAAUAGUGAGUUCGAAUCGAUUACCCUUAAAAUCAUCUAUAAAUUCUGUACUUUAAAACUUUAAAUAAAUACUAUGUGUUUGCUCUUAAUAUGACUCCUCUAAAGUUGUCAUUAAUAUUAUCUAGUUCUUUUUUAAUUGUCAUUCUCUUUCUUAUUUAAAAGAAGCAAAACAGAAUCCUCUCUUUUGACUCUUUUGAUUUUGGUGUUUUAUUUUCAUUCAUUCAUCUUUAAAUCACUAAUCUUCUGUUUUGAGAAAUCUUAGAUCUGCUUUUAUCAACGAAUUCAAACCUCAUCAACAAAAAUCAGUAUAUAAAUAAACUUAGAGAUCAAGGUGGAUGAAAAGGAAGAAGCUUCUCCAUCAUCUUUGGUUAUGAAAAAACAAGAUCCAUCUCAACCUACACAUCAAGGUAAUGAAAAGAAAAAACAUUAUAGAGGAGUUAGGCACAGACCAUGGGGAAAAUGGGCAGCUGAAAUAAGAGAUCCUAGAAAAGGAGCAAGAGUAUGGCUUGGCACAUUUGAAACUGCUGAAGCUGCAGCUACUGCUUAUGAUGAAGCUGCUUUGAAGUUCAAAGGAAACAAAGCCAAGCUUAAUUUCCCUCAACUCAUUACUCAUUCGCCGCAAUCGGAUCCAUCGCCAAUACGUAAUAACAAUAACGUUUCGUCUCAAUCUUCAUCUCCAUCUUUGUCAUUGCGGAGUAGUCCACAAAAGUCUCUUUUUCCGUUGUCAUCAACAACGGAAAAAGAGAUGUUUCCAAACCUUAUGCAAUAUGUGCAAGUGCUCUGUAGUAAGGACGAUGAAGAUCUUCGACGUGCUAUUAUAUGUCUUUACAAUAGUAGUAAUAAUAAUAGUAAUAGUAAUCAUUACGAUAAUAAUAAUGAACGAUUUCGUUAUUAUAAUUUGCCACCAUUCUUCUCAUCAAUGACACCAUCUUCUACUUCUAAAGACGGUGUUGUGUCUAGGAUUGGAGAUUGUCGUCCUUUAGAUACGAGAAGUGGUCUUGAUGAAAGGAACACGAGAGGGUCGUAGUACCUAUAUAAGUGAUUUGAAUUCUUUUUGAUUGUCAAAUAUUGUAGUUGAUAAACAAAGAUUGAACCGUUUAUAUUUGCCUUGAACCAUUCAUAUUGAAUGUAUUUAAUUUUGAAUUUUAUUUAAAA